AUGGGAAGUGGUAGUUUAUUGUGGAAUUUGACAAAGAAGUAUUUAACAGUUGGGGUUAUAGGACUAACCAUUACAGACCGAUAUGCUAGUGUUCUUCCGGUACGAGGUGGCUCUAUGUCUCCUACGUUCAAUCCUAGGACCGAUACAGUUUUGGGGUCAUUAGAUGACCGUGUUUUGAUUGAGAAGUUUUGCCUUGCAAAGUAUAAAUUUUCGCAUGGCGAUGUUGUAGUUUUUCGCUCUCCAAGUGAUCACAAGGAGAAACUCAUAAAGAGAAUUAUUGGCUUACCUGGUGAUUGGAUAGGAACUCCUCAAAAUGAUGUGGUCAAGAUUCCAGAAGGACACUGUUGGGUUGAGGGAGACAAUUUAGCAUGUAGCAUGGAUUCAAGAACUUUUGGCCCAAUGUUUCAUACCUUGAGUAAUAAUACACUGGGCCGAGCUGGCUUACAAAAGCCAGAGUUGGACCAACCCUAA